CUUGGCUUCAACACAACCAUGUAUUUCUCCCAUACAACCUAUCUCUCCUUUCCUUUCUUCCUUCUGUCUACCUCAUCUGGAAUAUUUGCGCAAUCCCCAUGCCCCGAUCCUGAAAAUAUUUUCCCCUGUACAUGCAACAUCUUGCAUUCCCGCUUUCAUCCCUUGAAAAAUAUCUUCGAUUACCUCCAAUCUGAUACCUUCUUUGAAGCCAACAAUACCAUCGAUAACGUGGAGGUGGUCUGUUGGGUGGAAAACUCAAGUGCUGGAACCUCCUCAGUAUUCAACAAUGUCACGUGGCCCUUCAAGAAGCUCCAGAAAUUCGUUCUAUUCGGUGGGAAUAUGGAGGAGGAUGGGAAUAUGGCAGAGGAUGAGAUUAUGGCGAAGGAAUUCCCGGGAGGAUAUUUUGGGGAUGUCUCUUUCGAGAGAAUCACGAUUACCGGUUACCAAGUGGCAACCAUACAUCCCUCAGCCCUACUUUCAUCUCUAGACACACUGGAGGAGUUGGAUAUCAUGUUUAGCCAUUUGAAGGAGUUUCCUUGGGAUACACUGCCUCUAUUAACCAAACUCACGUCUCUCACCCUAUUUGGAAAUGAAUUGAAAGAGAUAUCCAGCAUCCUAAGCGAUAGUAUUCAGAAUAUCGAUAUUUCUUGGAAUCAAAUUGCAACACUGAAAUCUGGAUGGUCUGCACCAAACUUGACCACUCUCCGAAUGGGUAUGAAUCCAAUCUCUGAGAUCCCCCAUGGGUUCUUCGAAGGCUUGGGAAACUUACACUUUUUCAAUUGUGAUGGAUGUCACCUGGGGCCGACCCUGUUCAAGGGUUCUCUGGGAUUCCACAGUGAAAUCGUGACAUACAUUGGACUUAGCUGGAACGACAUCUCAAACAUCGAAGAAGGCGCUAUUACGGGUGUCACACCUGACACGUUUGUUGGUCUUGAUGGGAACAAAAUCACAGACUUGACGGAAGCUACCUUCCGCCCGAUCCUGGAGGUUCUUCAACGUGGAUUUGGAUCGCUGUCAGUUACGGAUAACCCGAUCAUAUGCGGAUGUAGAAUUGAUUGGUUCGGGCGUAAUCCAGACUUUCAGGCCCAUAUUUCCGGUUCCUGCCAGGAUGGCAGUUCCUUUGAAGACUUGGAUCCCCAUAUUUUCGAACAGUUCUGCAUAGAGAGACAUCCUCCUUGCCAGCCGAUUUCUUCACCUUGACCACUC